AUGAAGUGCUUUUGUUGGAAUGUAAGAGGCCUUAAUGGCGAUACUAAGCAAUUAGCAGUUAAAAGGUGGAUCACCUUACACCGUCCUAUAUUCGGCGGUCUUUUGGAAACGCGCGUGAAGCUUCCCGGUCUCCCGUCUUUAAUGUCUCGUACUUUUCCGGGCUGGAGAUUUGACUCGAAUCACUCUUUUGAAGCUGAGAAUGGAAGAAUAGUAAUCAUUUGGGAUCCUAUCCUCACGGUCCUGCCCUAUUUAAAAACAGAUCAGUUGAUGGUAUGUGGAGUCUUCAACCCUCUCACUAAUGUCUCGAUUACAGUGGCAUUUGUCUAUGCCCACAAUCUAAGCUCUAAAAGACUUCCGUUAUGGGACCAGCUCAGACAGCUAGCUAAUGGCUCGUUACUAAGUGAUAAACCCUGGCUACUGUUGGGGGAUUUUAAUCAGGUUCUAUCUGCAAGAGAAGCUUAUGCCUUUAGACCUUCUCCUUUACCUCUUCAGGGAUUAGAAGACUUCAGAGACUGUCUCUCCGACUCCAAUCUUUUUGAUCUCUCUUAUAAUGGAUGCUUUCAUACGUGGACCAAUAAGUGCUUAUCUAUUCUAAAGACAAGGAAACUUGAUAGGGGACUUAUUAAUGAAUCGUGGCAGGAUUUCUUUCCAGCUUCUAAUGCGUUCUUUGACGUCCCAGGGUGUUCGGAUCACUCUCCCUGUCUAGUAACAAUCUCAAACUCGGUUCAGAGAAGAGUUUCUCGGUUCACGUUUUUUAGUUUCUUCUCUCUGCGUCCAGACUACUCUAGUUUGAUUUCAGAAGUUUGGAACUCUCUAUUCUCUCCCUCAGGUCCGUUGACACGUCUUUAUCAGAAGUUAAGGGCAGCAAAGGCUUGUUGUAAAUCUUUGAACAGAGCUAGUUUCAGCAAUAUCCAGGCAAGGUCAAGGCAAGCUUUCGAGAACCUGGAAAUCAUACAGAGACAGGUUCUUACAAAUCCCUCUCAGGUACUUUUUGAAGAGGAAAGGGCAGCUAGAGAUGCUUGGUUAUUGGUCGCUUCGGCAGAGGAGUCUUUUUACAGACAAAAAUCUCGAAUCAAGUGGCUUCAAGAAGGGGACGCUAAUACCGCCUUCUUUCAUAAGACUGUGAAGGCAAACCUAUCUCAUAACUCCAUCUACUUUCUCAUGGAUGUGAUGGGAAAUAGGAUCUCGGAAACCACUGCUUUGAAAUCCCUAGUUCUGUCCUACUACGUUAACUUGCUGGGAACAAAGAAUCGUCAGGUGAUUCCUUACACGAUAGAGGAGCUGAGUAUUUUGCUCCACUUCCGCUGUUCUGUUUCCAAGGCAGAAAGCUUAGUAAGGAUUCCGUCGUUGGAGGAAGUUAAAAGAGUAGUCGAUGCUUUACCUAGAAACAAGGCUCCUGGGCCAGAUGGUUUCACGGUGGAGUUUUUUACUAAGUCUUGGGAUCUUGUGGGAGAAGACUUAGUUGAGGCAAUCAGAGAUUUCUUCAUUAAUGGCUCUAUGAUUAGGCAAGUCAAUGCGACUAGCUUAACAGCGGAUGCGGUACAAAGAAAUCAGGUUGGGUUUGUCAAUGGCAGAUUACUGUGUGAAAAUGUUCUUCUUGCCUCAGAACUUGUUGCUGAUUUCCACAAACCGGGACCUAUUUCAAGAGGUUGUUUGCAAAUCGACAUUACCAAGGCCUAUGAUAAUGUCCAUUGGACCUUUGUUCUUAACAUUUUGGAGGCUCUGCAGUUACCUGCAAUUUUCAUCAAUUGGAUUAGUCUCUGUAUCACAACUCCUCAUUACUCAGUUGCGUUGAAUGGAGCACUUGUUGGUUUUUUUCCAGGGAGGAAAGGAUUACGACAAGGAGAUCCUAUCUCCUCCUCUCUCUUCGUUUUGGCGAUGGAUGUGUUAUCUAAAUCACUUGAUAUAGGAGUCCAACAAGGCAGAUUUGGAGUCCAUCCUCUCUGUUCCAAUCCGCUGAUCACUCACUUAAGUUUCGCGGACGAUCUUUUGGUUUUCUUUGAUGGGAAGGAGGAAUCUCUUCAAGGCAUUCUUGAUAUUCUCAAGGAGUUUGAGAAAGUCUCAGGUUUGGCUUUGAGUUUGAGGAAGACUAGUCUUUUUAUAGAUGGAGAUAAUAGACAAUAUAGUCUUGAUCUUGCUACUAAGUUUGGAUUGACUAAUGGAGCCUUACCAGUACGCUAUUUGGGGUUACCUCUGUUGCCCAGGAAACUUACUCUACACGAUUGUCAGCCCCUACUGGACAGGGUUAAGUCCCGCAUUUCCUCGUGGAUAACCAAACCUCUUUCAUUUGGAGGACGACUUCAGUUGAUUAAGUCAGUCCUUUCAGGAAUGGUUAAUUUUUGGGCUUCUAUUUUCCCGCUUCCUAAGAGUUGUACGGAAAAAAUAGAAAAAAUGUUGAAUGCUUUUCUUUGGAAUGGAUUCUCAGACUCGGCUAGGGGAGCUAAAGUGUCGUGGGAGACAGUUUGCUCCCCAAAGAAGUCAGGAGGGUUGGGACUUCGGAAGCUUACUAAGACCAAUCAAGUUUUUGGACUAAAGUUGAUUUGGCUGCUUUUCACAGAUCAAGGGUCCCUGUGGGUGGCCUGGACAAGGCAUCAUCUCAUCCGACAGAGAAACUUCUGGACUUUCGAUUUUAGGGCUACAAGAAGUUGGAUAUGGAGAAAGCUGAUGAAGCUUCGUGAUCUAGCUCGCCCCUUUCUUCAUUGUAAGAUUGUUUCUGGGACUUCGGGUUUAUUUUGGCAUGAUAAUUGGACUUCUUUGGGUCCAUUAAUUGAUCUAACGGGAGCAAAUGGACCUAGAGUAUCUGGUAUUCCUAAUAUGGCCACGGUCUCUCAAGCGAUAGUUGGCAAUGAUUGGUCCUUGCCUAGAGGAAGACAUCCACUGUUGAUUUUAUUGAGGAAUUGUCUUCCUCCUGUACCAGCGACCAUUCUUCAGCCUGAUGUUUCUUUAUCGGACGAAUUCCUUUGGAAGAAUUCUCAGAAUGUUACACCUAGGAAUUUUUCCUCCUCGAGAACUUGGAACUCCCUUCACCAACCUCCUCCCCCUGUUCCCUGGUAUGGAUCGGUUUGGUUUAAGGGUCACAUUCCUAAGCAUGCAUUCAUAUUUUGGCUAGUGGUUCAGAAUCGCUUGGCAACAAGGGAUCGUCUACGCUCUUGGGGUCUUGUUGUCCCCCAGGAUUGUCUACUUUGUGGGUCGGGUGUAGAAUCAAGGGAUCUUCUUUUCUUCACCUGCCCCUACUCUUCUUCUGUGUGGAAUUCCUUAAUGUCACACAAUUCCUUAUCUCCUCCAUCUACCUUCAGCGACUUAGUCACUUGGGUCCGGUCUUCUUUUGCUACCGUCAAGCUCAGGACAAUUUGUCAGCUUAUUCUCCAGGCGGUGGUUUACUUCGUCUGGGUAGAGCGCAACGCCAGACUACAUACCCCCUCACCAAAGGCCUCCCACACUUUGGUGAAGGAGAUUCAACUCUUGUUGAGAGCAAAACUUUCCGGUCUUGAUCGAUCUGAGAACUCUCUCUCUGACUCUCUGUCUCUGUCUUCAGUUUCUCAACCGAGUUUCAUCUACACUUGGUUUCAGUUCAUCCAGUUUUAA